AACCGUCAACAAGUUGCAAGACCUUGUUUUCAAUACGAUUGGGAAUGAUUCUCUUGACUUGCCGCAAAUAGUUGUGGUAGGUUCUCAGUCAUCUGGGAAGUCGUCCGUGCUUGAGAACAUUGUCGGUAGAGAUUUCUUGCCGAGAGGAAGCGGCAUAGUUACGAGACGCCCCUUAAUACUGCAACUUAUAAACAUACCCAGCGAACGCCAUGACAAACCUGACACUGAUGAGGUUCAUGUGCCUCACACUGCUGCUAGUGUAGCUGGACAGCAUGAGUGGGCGGAAUUUCACCACCUCCCUGGUCGGAAAUUCGAGGACUUCGCUCUUGUGAAACAAGAAAUUGAAGCCGAGACCGCCAGAAUAGCCGGAAGCAAUAAGGGAAUCAAUAGGCAACCCAUCAAUCUCAAGAUAUUUUCGCCUCAUGUUCUUAAUCUCACCAUGGUUGACCUACCAGGGUUAACCAAAGUGCCCAUUGGCGACCAACCAUCUGACAUAGAGAAGCAAACUCGAGCGCUGAUUUUGGAAUACAUAGCAAAGCCAAACAGCCUUGUCCUGGCGGUAUCCCCGGCGAAUGUCGACUUGGUGAACUCUGAAGCCCUGAAGCUUGCUCGCCAGGUAGAUCCUAUGGGGCGCAGAACAAUCGGCGUUUUGACAAAGUUGGACCUCAUGGAUCAUGGCACCAAUGCUAUGGAUAUUCUUUCUGGGCGCGUCUAUCCUCUGAAGCUGGGGUUCAUUGGCGUUGUCAACAGAUCCCAACAAGACAUUCAAUCAGGGAAAUCCUUAUCUGAUGCUUUACAGGCAGAAGUAGAUUUCUUCCGGCAUCACCCUGCCUACCGUAAUAUGGCGAAUCGUUGUGGAACACAGUUUUUGGCAAAAACACUGAACACGACUUUGAUGUCUCACAUUAGAGAUCGACUCCCUGAUAUCAAAGCCCGCUUAAAUACACUCAUGGGGCAAACACAACAGGAGCUUGCUAGCUAUGGCAAUAAACAAUUCAGUGGCAAGGAACAUCGUGCUCAUUGAUCCUGCAACUAAUGACACGUUUUGCAUCCUCUUUUAUAUCUUCCAUUGACGGAACUUCAUCUGAAAUCUCGACCAAGGAGCUCUGCGGAGGGGCCAGAAUCUACUAUAUAUUCAACUCCGUUUUCGGCAAUUCUCUUGAAACAAUUGACCCUACGCACAACCUGACAGUUUCAGAUAUCAGGACAGCAAUUCGAAACUCAACUGGCCCUCGUCCAAGUCUCUUUGUCCCUGAACUUGCGUUCGAUUUGCUCGUGAAACCUCAGAUUAAAAUGUUGGAAGCUCCUAGUCAGAGGUGUGUAGAGCUCGUGUACGAAGAACUUAUAAAAAUCUGCCAUACUUGUGGAUCACAAGAACUCCUACGCUUUCCACGCCUACAAGCAAAGCUUAUCGAGGUAGUAUCUGACCUCCUUCGUGAGCGCUUGGGGCCCUGUUCAGCAUAUGUGGAGUCACUGAUUUCCAUACAAAGAGCCUAUAUAAACACAAAUCAUCCGAAUUUUCUCGGUGCGGCAGCCGCGAUGUCUUCCGUCAUUCAGAAUAAACAGGAGCAAGAACGGAAGUCGGCAUUAGCAGAGGAUAGAAGGAAGCGUGAGAAGCGACGACAGAGGGAACUCGGAGGCAUCAAUGGAAGCACAAGUCUCUCUCCUGAGGAUGAGGAGGAGCAAGCACUAGAGCAAAAGGCUCAGACCAUCCCUAUCAGGAGUCAGUCUGCAAAAGGCACAAGAACCAUGUCCCCGCAUAUUGGCAAGCCCCAAGAAAGCGGUAUUGCGGCAACUUUGAAUGGUGCAAAUCAAAGUCCACAUGCCAUGUUUGGUGCCACAAACACCACACGCGAUUCAUUUUUGAAUUAUUUCUUUGGCAAAGAUGGCGCCCAGCCAUCUCCCUCACUUCCUCCUCAACCUUCGAGCCAAAACAGACCUUCCAACCACGCCAACGAUAUCAGCACCAGUCAAAGUAUACGGAGGACGGAGGUGCGCUCUCCAGUGAUGCCGCCUGAUGACUAUGUACCUGUUCCGGAGUAUAUUGGCGAGGUUAACUCUCUUGAAAAUACUGAACCAACUCUUUCUGAUCGUGAGCUGUUAGAGACGGAGUUGAUUCGCCGCUUGAUAUCUUCCUACUUCGAUAUUGUUAGGGAAACUAUUGCUGACCAGGUUCCCAAGGCCAUUAUGCACCUUCUUGUCAAUCAUAGUAAAGAUGUUGUGCAAAAUAGGCUUGUCAGCGAACUUUACAAGGAAGAUCUCUUCGGAGAACUUCUUUACGAGGAUGACGGGAUCAAGGCGGAGAGGGAGAAGUGUGAAAGACUUCUAGAAACCUACAAGGAGGCCGCAAAAAUCGUGGGCGAGGUCCUGUAG